UUUUCUAAAAUUUCUGAUGAGUUUUAAGACUAUUAUGAAGAAAAUAUUCUUUGUUGAAAAUAACUAUUACUUAAGAGAAGGAAAGUAAAUUGAGUACUCGCUUUUCUGAAAGUAAAAUGACAUUUUUCUCUGUGUGGACAGAAAGUGUAACCAAAGGCAUAACAAAAUAUCGAUAAGAUAAUGGUUUGCAAUUAUAAUAGAAACAGUUUCUUACAAAUCUUAAGAGUAAACUUAAGGACAAAAGAUAAAUAACAAAGAGAAAAACACUUUUUUGUUUCUCUGAAUGGAUUGGCCCACUGGUUUUCAAUUUAAUUUUUUAUUUUCUUAUUUUCUCUCCUAUUCACCUUCUAUUCUCCAUAUCGUAACAUAACCGGAUCGAAUUACACCAUAACUUCAUCUUAGCUAAUCUUCUUAUUCAAAUCAAGAAAAUCAAGAAGCUGCUCGAGCUCUUAGCAUUGCUUUGUCAAGAUAAAUACGUUGUCCACUACUGUCCAGUUAUUCGUCGUAUUCGUUUGUGAGUCCCUUAUAAAAAUUUCUUAUCGGCAGCAUGCCGGGAAUAUUUAUUUAACUUAUCGCAACGGUGUACUUCGUUAUAACGUUGUGAUUACAUACGUUGUGAGUACAUUUUGUUGCGCGUGUAAGCCGAUAAGUGUGCGAUACGAAUAUGUUAGACCACUCCUUCGAGCGUGAUAACUGUUCUAGGCGACCCAGAAGUGCACCGACGUUUGACAUCUUUGAAUAAUUCGCUGUCGCGCGAUAACGGUGAGCUCCAGCGACGAAAAAUCGACCGAUAUUGCGAUAUUUUGCUUUCGGCUCGCGAGGCAAUUAGAAUAGAAAGUCCGCUCGCGCGCCACUUUCGCGCCGCGGUUCUCUGUAAAUUUAUCGAAGAUCUCGAUCACGGUAUGAAUGCCACUUUACGUGGCCGCGCCUGCGUAACCGGCGAGCGGUUCCAGUCGGACUGGUCUUCUCGGCAUUACCACGUGGUGAAAAUUCACCGAGCCGUAGUAGUAGUAUACCUCCAGCCGCGACCGUUCACGCAAUCAAUCUGCCGAUUAAUUUUGACAUACGUCGCCCCGAGUUCGCCCCCAAACUUUACCGGGCGCCUUCGUUUGGGUGUCCCUCGGCGAUUUUGACAGAAUAAUCCGGAUCUUCGAGGAGUAAUUCGUUUAUUAUCGCAACCAGCUGGAAACACUCGGACAUGGGUCGCUCAAUAUUGCGCUAUUUAUACGGAAACUUCCGGUAACGGCAGCUACAGUGGACUUGCAGUAUGAUGUACUCUACGAAUGUGCAGCUAGUAAAGUGGAUGUUCCCGGCGGUGGCCUUGAUCAUCGGUCUUUUUUGGUACAAACGUCGUCGAAUAGACAGAGCUGACCCAGGUGGAAUCGUGGAAUCAAAUUCCCAGGACAACGUGAAGACGAGCUACGUGAAGGAGGCCAUUUCGAACUUAUAUGACCCCACUGACGAGAAGAUAAGCAAGUCCUUCUCGACGAGCAGCUGUACGCAACAGGAAGAGCCGACUCGCGUCCCAAGGAAGGUCAGCGAGAGUAUGGACAUCCCAAACAGGAAGUCAGUACCGCAGUCCUGCGACAGCAGCCAGAUCUUUACGGAAGUUGAAUCAACGACGGAUAUACAGCUAAGCAGCAAUCCGACCACGAGUUACUUUGAGACAAUUGCCAUGAAACGAAAUACGUCCUCCUUCGACAUGAAGCUCGACGAUAACAUCACAGAGGUAUUCGAAGAUGCCACCGAAGAGGGACAGUGCAGCGUGCAAAGCGAAAUGGGGUCACCGGAGCAGAAUGAUACCGCGGCCGAAUUCAACUGCGAAACGAACAAGCAGCUAGCGGAGGAACAUCUCGAAGAUAACACCGAGACCGCGGAACAAGCGACCUACGAAAGGGACUCUGCGAAUCACAGUCCGACUUCCGGAGUCCUGGAAGGCAGUAUUAUAGAUGAAGCUAGGAGCGAAGAAGGAAGCACGGACAGCGGAAAAGGUGGAAGUAUUAACGGAUGCAGGAAAGCCAAUGCGGUCGAGCAGACUACUUACUACUUCGCUAUACCGCAACAACUGGUGGGCAGGCUGAUCGGCCGUCACGGUAGCUUUUUGCAUAACAUCCGUACGAAGACGGAAGUUCAGAUAUACGUGAAUGAUCACCCGGGGGCCAGCGACCAAAAAAUUUGCUCGAUAGAAGGCAACGCGGAAGGCAUUAACACCGCCCUCGACUUGAUAAGGAAGAAAUUCCCGGAGAAGAGAUUCCCGGAGGUGACAUUAGCCGAGAUCCCAACGCCCGAGAUGACUGUGGAGGCGACAUGGGUAGCGCAAUUGUCACAGUUGUUCUUAGUCGAAGGUGUCAAUAACGAUAUCAUCGUAUCGCACAUCGUCAAGCCGAACUGGCUCUUCAUUCAAUUUCCGACACAUCCGACGUUCCCCUCCUUGCGAGUUUUAGACUUGGAGAUGACGUGCGCAUACAACGCCACGGAAUCGUCGAUACCGAGUGUGCUAACGAGUGGCAUAGUUUACGUUGCAAAUUGGUUCGACGUAUGGGUUAGAGUAUGCAUGGAGAAACCAGACCCAUUGGGAGAGAGGCACUUAAUGCGACUGCUUGAUCACGGCGGUUACUAUGAGUUUAGCAGCUUGCAGAUAAGAGAUAUUAGGCCAGAAUUCUUGAAUCUGCCCUUCCAAGCGACCGAAAUCUUUUUAGCAAAUAUUCGGCCGAAGGAUGGCGCGUGGUUAAACAAUGCUUACGAUGUAGUAGCUCGCGUUUGUUUCGGAGUUGUUGGUCAAGCCCAGGUUGAAGGUUAUAUUGAUACGAAUGUUUAUACAAAUAUUUAUUAUAAUAUACCGAAAUAUGGGGUAAUUUCCCUCGCUGAUGAAUUAGUAGCACGCGGAUUUGCGGAGCCUGCAAACUCCGAAGAUAUAGUUCCAGAAACAUCCUUUGAAUUGUUCGAAGAACCCACUUACUCGUAAGAAUUGUAGUAAAAUCUAUCAUUCUCAUUUCCCAUCAUCAUCCAAAAUCAUUACACGCAAUUACAUGGUUCUUAGGCAGUAUCAACUGGAGUCUAUUAUAACCGCCAUCAUAGUGCAUUAAGCGCAUAAAAAUCACUUUGUCCUUUGGAUUUGUCAAUCUUUUACUCUCUCACAAUUUUCCGUCGAGAUUGCUGUGAAUACUCUACAUACAUAUAUCUUAAUAGUAUGAAGGGUAUUUACGUAGAUAAUAAUAAUAAAAAUAGUGCAGAAUAACAUUUCGCUAAGAAUUUUAACUAAAAAAUAAGAAAAAAAUUUGUAUAUUUCACUAUACAUAUAUAUAUAAUUUAUAGUAAAAUUUCAGUCGCAUUUAAGUCUAAUACUCCUUUAAAUACUGCUCAAAGAGAGAGAAAGAUUGUGAAAUAACACAUCCCAUAUGCUUAAACUCGUUAAUUUAAACGAGUUCUGACAAGUACAAAGGAUUUGGUUUAGUCCGCUAACGUAAGGACUUUGUUUUACAAUAACCCUUUUCGUAUUAUAUCACUCACGAUGUUUCCCCAUUUUUACCCGGAAAACUUGAAUGUUUUCGUAUUGCUAAUGUGAUUCGUAAGGACAAGUCUUUCAGAUAGCUUUGAAUAAGCAUUCAGGAAACUGCAUUCGUUGCCCUUCAGAGUGAACAUCACGAGACUAUUGUAAAAAUAAGCAGCCACCUUUAACACUCAUGAAUCUUCAUGAUACUUUUGUAUAUAAUGUAAGUUUAUUUUUUUUUUUUCAAUUAUAGAAUAUAUUUAGAGAUAUCAAUAGAAAAACGAUUUAGAGAUUUACUGAUGUAUGGACCGCAACGCAGAAUGUGAAUACAUACUGAAUUUGCGUUUUACAAGACGUUCACAAAAAUUAAAAUAUUGUACACGGGUAACACGGACGAAUCGGGAAAUUCGUACAAUUUGAUAAGGUGAUUUUAUCGAUUGUCCGUAACAUUUCUGAUCGGAGAAGUUCACGGGAUUCACGUUGCGUUAAAACAUCAUCGAUUUAGAUAUCACACUUAUUUUUGGUUGUAUUAAACGCGUUUACUGUAAAAAUUAUCAUUAAGCGCCGCGCUACAGUUAUUUAUCCCGUGUUAUCUUUUCCGCGUUAUAUUAUCAAUUUACUUAAAUAAUUUAUCUUCCAAACAUCACCUUUUGAUAAUAUAUAUUUGAUAAGACUUAAUUAUCUCAUCGAAUAAUUAGUAAUUUCUAGUUGUUAUUAAUCCUCAUAAAACGUAUGUCCAUCUUAUGAGGUAAUGUUUUCUUCAGUGUUUCAAAAGUAAACUUUUGGAUUCCAAUUGUAAAAAAAACUUAAUAUAACAUUGUUUAUAUUUCAUUAUUUGAGUAUUAAUGAUUAUUACAUUGCACAAAGGUUUGUUGCUAUACAAAAUUUUAUUGCAGUAGGAGUCAGUAUAAAUUGGAUAAAAAUAUCUACAAAUGUUUUCUAAUUUAAAUACUGCGCUCAACCACAUAUUUGUCUGAGAGCUAUUGUUAAUACUUAUUAUUGUUGAUACGUGAACAUAUAAUAGAAGUAUUUUUCUAGGAAUAUAUAUUAAAUAUAUAUAUAAAUAUAUAUAUAUUUAGAAUCACACAUACACACAUACAGCCAUUGAGAAUCGCUCAUAACAUAUUUUAGGGCUGUCUAAUUAAGCAUUCGCAACUAUUUUGCUCUGUUAUUGUCUUUUCUUUGAUAGUUAAGAGGGUUAAAUAGAAGUGAGAAAGAAGGAAAAAUUGAGCAAAAUUGUCGUUUGUGACCAGCUAAUUUAGACAGCUCUGAUAUAUAGGUACCGCUUUUUUGCGCGCUGCGCAAUUUACUAUAAAGAUAUGUAAUUUAUUAUAAUUAUUUACAUUAAUUAAUAUGACAACAUAGCAACAAUAUAACGCAACGAACGUCGUUACAUAAUAAUUAUUAAUAAUGAAUUAUACUCAUUCUUUGUACAUAUAAUAUAUGGGGCAGACUGCAGUCACACACACACUGACUACUCAAACCUUAUACAAUAUUUCAUUUAUUGUUAUCCUAUUUAAUUAAAUUUUCAUUUUGUAUAUAUAUCAGUUUAAUCCUCUUAGCGUUAUCAUUAGACUUGCACCAUUUUCAUCGUAGACCCUUGUGUCUUAUCAUUGUAUAAAAUAAAACAAAGCAUAAUAAAAUUGAGUGCACGUAACAUGACAAGCAGAA